UUCCGUCGCUCGGGGCUGGCCAGGUGGGCGUGCUUUGUCUCUAGUGUGUGUAGUUGGCGUAUUGGAUGAUGGCCUCCGAGGACGCGACCAAACGGCUAAGCUCCAAGAAGCAGACGUUGGACGACGCCUAUGCGGCGCCGGCCAAUUUCCUGGAGAUCGACGUCAUCAAUCCCAUCACGCACGGCAUGGCCAACAAGCGAUACACAGACUAUGAAGUCCGCAUGAAGACGAACCUUCCGGUGUUCCGUGUCAAAGAGUCGAGUGUCAGGCGACGUUAUAGCGAUUUUGAAUGGCUUCGCAAUGAGCUGGAAAGAGAUAGCAAGAUUGUGGUUCCGGCCUUACCAAGCAAGGCCAUUAAACGUCAGCUACCUUUUCGGAAUGACGACGGCAUCUAUGAGGAGGGAUUCAUUGAAGAGCGGCGCUCAGGUUUAGAAGCAUUUGUCAAUAAAAUUGCUGGCCAUCCCAUGGCUCAAAAUGAGCGUUGUCUCCACAUGUUUCUGCAGGAGCCGAACAUUGAUCGCAAUUACGUCCCAGGCAAGAUCCGGAGUGCUUGAUCUGCCACAUCUCCCCUCCCUAAAUCCCCUUCACAUAAUCUCACCAGAUAUUUCUACACCUAAUGCUAUGUAUGUGCUUGUAGCUUAUGAAACGAGCUGGUAACAAGAUUUUUUCUCAUUUUACUAA